CCUAGGCCGACAAGGGGGGGGGAAUCACUACAUUUUGCAAGCGACAAUAGCGAGUAACUACGUGAUGCAAGCUGAGUUUUCAGCCUGGCAAAAGUAUAAAACAAAAGCCUCGCCAUUGGAAACUCCAACGUCCUACACUCAACACCAUCACUAGAUUGCUCACUUUCAUUGGAUAACUUAGCUUAGAUUCGCAACGGCUACGUUACAAGCAGUUUAGCGCUUCCAAGCGCCUCAAUAGUCACAGUGUGCAUGGUGGCAUCCAUGGUAACAUGGCUCAUAUCGAGCUGACGACAGCCUUGGACGAAUUCCAUCAGGUUCUCUCACUAGAUCAAACUGCUCAACUCGUCUCAUCCUCGAGCCAUGCGCCUACAGCAGAUGACGUUGUCCAGCUGACAGAGCAAGUCACUCGAGCAAACGCAAGUCGGAAGAGCCGUCUCUUUGCUACUCGAAUCCAAGGACUCCUAGGAUCCGUUCAGCAAUACUGUACGGUCAUCGACACGUGCGCAGGGCCCAACCAGAUAGCGGCGCUAGUUUGGGGCAGUAUCAAACUCGUUAUCUUGGUUUCAUCAAAUUUUGCCGAGUACUUCGACAAGUUGUCACAGCGAGUAAAUCAGCUCAGCACCUACUGUCCCCGGUUGUCUGAAUAUGGGAAACUUUUCCCAACAUCAGCAAGGCUACAGGAAGCAAUUUCCGCAUUUUACGCUAUUAUUGUGAAGUUCUGCUCGAAGGCACUUGGGGUAGUGCAAGAGAAAGGCGUCAAACGAUAUUCAAAGUCAGUAUGGAAGUCAUUCAAGGUGGACUUCAAGGAUAUAGAGGAGAGCAUUAGUGAAGCAAAAGAUGAAGUUACCGAGGAGCUGCAACUGGCAUCCGAACAAGAAACACAAGGCUUUCGCCGCUUGUUAACAGCAGAGAUAGAAGAAAACAGAACAUUACGCAUAAAGCAAAUUGCAGAAAUUCAAGAAAGUAGGGAUUUUCGAUCGCAGCAGACGCUUGCGCUCCAGCGGAGCGGAGCUCGCCAGAUUCAGAAGAUCCUUAAAGAAGCAGAGCGUCAGAAGAUUCGGCUACUGCGAUAUAUUCCGAGCCAUGACUACACGACUAGCCUUCACCAUGCACGGGCGCUGCGUUGCGAAGGAACUUGCUGUUGGCUUCUCAGCAGAUCAGAAUUCCAGAACUGGGUUGAUCAGACAGGCUCAAAGCACCUCUGGUGUUACGGAAUUCCUGGUUGUGGAAAAACUGUUCUUCUGGGAUAUAUUAUCGAUCACCUGAGAAUGAAAUUCUCAGCUCAAAACGAAACAGUCGUCAUCUACUAUUUCUUUGAUUCCUCCGAGAAGAAGUCAUUGAAAGCAUCUACCUUUCUAAGAUGUACUUUGCACCAGAUGAUCAAACUCGAGGCCCUUGUCCCAGAGUUGCAGAGGCGUUUGGAGUCGCUCUUCAUAGACCGGAUAGAUCAGUCAGAACCCACCACCAGCGAACUUGAACAGCUUUUCUUGCACUCCUGCAGGAAAUUUAAAGGCUGUUUCCUCCUCAUUGAUGGACUCGACGAAGCAGAUGAGAUUGAACAGAGAAAUGUCAAAUCCUUCCUCAAAGACGUACAAAGAACGCAUGCUGCUCGAAUUCUUGCCACCACCCACGCAGCCAUGGACAUGUCAAAGGUUUUCACCCGCGGUUUGGCGCUGAAUAUCAGGCCGGAGGACCUCAAAGAUGACAUCGAAGUGUUUGUCCAAUCGCAGAUUGAUAAGUAUUCGCAGGAGAAACUGUCUGAUUGUUCUCCUUAUGCGCUUGAUAUAAUCAAGCAGAAAUUAAUAUUUGACGCGGAAGGAAUGUUCCUCUGGCCGGACCUGCAGCUUAAGGCUAUUCUCGACGUCUACGAGGAGCACGGAACCCCAGACAGAAUUCCCGAUCUCCUUGAAGCUCUCCCACGAAAAAUCGCAGAUCUGUAUAGCCUCUUACUACAAAGACUCACCAAUGGCGCUGACGACCGAGCCGAAAGAGCAAAGAAGGCAUUUCAGUGGGUUAUUUAUAGCAAAAGACCGUUGACUAUCGGUGAACUAGAAGAAGCCGUAUCUAUCUCCAUCAACCAGAAGUCAUGGCAAAGCCCCUCUUCCAUACUUGACAUACCGAGACUCGCUAGACUGUGUGGAAACCUCGUCAAUUGCGAUGAGGCUAACAGAACAGUAUCGCUGGCUCAUCACACCGUUGAGUCUUUUCUGCUAGGCUGUUCUGGCAGACGAGAAGUUGCUAGCUUCGCUAUCGAAGAAACCAAGGCAGAGCAGUAUAUGGCAGAUAUUUGCCUGACGUAUCUGUCUUUCACGGAUUUUCAUAAAGCACUUACACGGACCUCCGACACAAAAUAUCUUCAUGCAAUGGGUCACCCUGUGGGCCUGCUAGGGAAUGUAACUCCGAGUUUCAUUCGGCCAUGGGCAUUGAAUGCUGCCAGAAGCCGCCGAGGCAGGACCCCAGAUCAACCUGUUGACCUAGUCAACAUUUUGAGAACUGAACUGAGCGCCCGUCAAUCGAAAAAGGUGGACCCUACCUUCCAAAUACUCGAAUACUGUAAGAGCUACUGGUACAGCCACAUCCGUUACAUUGCUCUGCAAGAUACAAAACGGUUUACGACAAUAGAAAACUUCAUACACAGUACGCAUCUACCAAAAGAAUGGAUGCCAUGGAGCUCCAUUGAAGACAAGGAAUCCUUGCCGUUCUGGAAUAUGUUCGUCUGGGCUGUAAGAAAUGGCCAUACGAUUAUUUUCUGUGUUUGGCAAAAGAUUGCAACCAUACAAGAGUCUAGCUACUGGAAGUACCUUUGGAGAGAGGAAGGGAAGAGGCUGUUUGCCUCUGCAUGCGCGUCGGCCAACCUUGAGCAGUUGGAGAUAAUAUUGGGCGCGAAAAGAACGAAUGAUUGUGUAAUGAGACCAUUUGAAAGCGAAAUCAGUCAUGAAUUAAUGAGAGUCUCUCACUUGGGACAUUAUGAAGUUGUAGAGCGGCUGCUUCAAGAGAAGGCUGAUGUUAAUACAGCAGCAGCAAGAAGUGGUGGAAGAACAGCACUACAGGCAGCGGCAGAAGGAGGGCAUCUUGCAGUAUUAAGCGUCUGCUUCAAGAGAAGGCCGAUGUUAAUGCAGCAGCAGCAGGAAGUAGUGGAAGGACAGCACUACAGGCAGCGACAGAAAGAGGAUACAAAACGGUUGUAGAAUAUCUUCGCGAAGCGGGCGCCACAAAAUAAGGCUCGACCUUUCGGGAAUACAUAUUUAAGGCUUCUUAUAGUUUAGGAAACAGUUGUGAGAUUUAGUGGCUACAAUCUUUUUAGCAUUAUG